CUUUGACGUUUCUUCUGCGUAGCUCUAGCCAAGUCAGCUUCAAUUUAGAAUUUACGAAAUUAUUUAAUUAUUGUACUAAUAAUUUGCACAAAUAAUAAUUUAUUUUUUAUUUCUCUGUAACAAGCCUAUAAAUACAUUCUGAACACCUCCACUUAAGUUCAAGAUGGUGAAACUGUAUGCGAUCUUAGUUCUUUACAAAGGAGUUAACAGUGGGACACUGCUCAAAUCUGCCUAUGAUUUGCAAAGUUUCAGUUUCUUUCAGAGAAGUUCUGUGCAAGAGUUUAUGAUGUUUGUCAGCAAAACUAUGGUAGAAAGAACACAGCAAGCUUCCAGGCAAUCAUUUAAAGAAGGAGAAUACAUGUUACAUGUGUAUGUGAGGGCAGACAACCUAGCUGGUGUGCUUAUAUCAGACCACGAGUACCCAAACAGAGUGGCCCAUACUUUGAUUACAAAAAUUCUCGAUGAAUUUAGUGCUGCAGUACCCGCUACUAAUUGGCCGACUGCCAAUGAAGCUACAGUGGACUUCCCAAUCUUGCCCCAACAUUUAACUAGAUAUCAGAACCCCAAAGAAGCUGAUGCAUUAACUAAAAUACAGAAUGAGUUGGAUGAGACAAAGAUCAUAUUACACGACACAAUAAAAGCUGUUUUGGAGAGGGGAGAGAAAUUGGAUGAUAUGGUUGCAAAAUCCGAGAGCUUGACUAUGCACAGCAAAUUGUUUUAUAAAACAGCUCGCAAAACAAACAGCUGUUGUAAUUUCUGAGGAAUUUAUGUAAUUCCUUAUUGAGAAUGGCCAUAACUGUUACGUCAAGAGGAAUUUAAAAUAGGAAAAAUGUUCAAUGUACCUUGUUAAUCUGUGUGUUUCAUGAACCAUAUUAGCUUGCAUAGGUGUGAUUCAAUAUGUCCAUACAUAAAUGAACAUAAUAUAACCUGUAUGGUAUAGUUAUACACAUUUUUUUUACUUGAAAUUAUAAUAUUUAGCCACAUUAUUUAGUUUUUAGAUUUAAUGUAUUACAAUGAUAUUGUAUGGUAAUUUUAACGUGAAUUAUUCAAAGUUAUAUAACUUGUUAAUGCUUAGGUUACAUUUGUGUUAUUGUAUUUUCCCAAAUGCUAGAGUGGUGGACCUAUAUUUUGAUAAGACUAUUUUAUCAAGCAUUAACUUUGAAUGUAAUGCUAAUAGUUAAAUGUUAUUACUGUGCUAAUUUGUAAAGUAAUCAAAUGUAUGAUGGCAAUGAUUGAAAGUAUUGUAUGGGUCAGAGAUUGCUUGGCAACUGUUAUGCAAUGGUGAAGUAUUAAUACAACAGGAACAUAAUUUUAACAAACUUGAAUUCUUACAUGAAUAUACAAAAAACUAAUCAGAUUGUUGUAUCAUUGCCAGGGCCGGAUCGUGAAUUUGUGGGGCCCUGGGCUGAAACUUCUUAUGACGUUGUCACGUAAAAAUAUCGUCCGUAA